CUGGAACGCCGCAGGCUGUCAACGCAGCCAGCCUCAGAAAAGUCGUCUACAGUACCGUAACCCAUGAUUGUUUUUUUGAUGCAGUUUGCGGGCGUUUAACGAUGUCUGGUUGGGAAAAAUCGCCCAGGAAAGGUCUGAGUGAGGUGUGAUAGUGUUUGUGCGGUGGCGAGUGGUGCAAAAAACUUUUAUAAACAAUGGACAAUCAGUCCCAACCGACCACUAACCCCAUUAACCAGGGGUGUGGCCAAAAUCCACAAAUUUCGAUACAUGUAAGCCCCACGACAGGGGGGGACUUUUACCUGAUGGUGGAGCCCGAUGUGACGGUGGAGAAUCUCAAAAAAUUAGUCUCGAAACGAUUAAAAGUGCCCAGAGACAGGAUCUGUUUACUGUUCCGCGAUAAGCAGUUGCAAGACGGCGAUUUGUUGCAACACGGAAUUUCGGACGGGUCUAGGAUUACCUUAUUGCCCAAUGUGGAAACUGGGCUCAUUACGCAACGUCCGGAAAUAGGAAUAAUGCAAGCACUAGAGUCCCUAAACGACACCCAAGUAAACAAGUUCCUGUGCGGCAAGGCGCCCCUAAACCUGAGCAUGCGCCUCGGAGAUCACAUGAUGCUAAUCCAACUCCAACUGAGCACCGUCUCCUCCACGUCGUCUUCCUCGGCCAGCUCCUCCGGCUCCUCCUCCACCUCAUCAUCGCCCUCGACGACACCCACGCCUCUAGCGGAAAGCGCCCCGACCACCGCCUCCGGCAAACCACCUCCCUCGACGCACGUGCCGGCGCCUGUUUCUCCGGCCGCGGCGCCGCCCUCUACCUCCGCCACCACUCCAAGUUUGUUGCAGGCCAGCAGGAAUCUGCAGCACACCUUAAGAAGACUGUCGGCUGAUGUCUUUUCCGGAAGAGACAGAGGUCGCCGCGAAAGCGUUUACUCAGGUACAUUCAGUGGGGCCCUUAAUCCGGCCCUGCAGGAUCCCAAGGGGCGACCCAGGCGUGAUGUCGCCACCAUCGUGCAUAUUCUAAAUGAUCUCCUCUGUUCGGUGCCCGAACUUCGACGAGUUACACGGAGAGGUGGCACCAGCGAAGAACCAAUCGCAGCAAUCCCGCAAGACGACGGCGGCGACCCGACGCCGUCGCCGUCCAGCAGCGAGGACCAGAACACGCGCACCCGGGGCAAGCUGGAGCAGCUGCGGCUCGUGAUGGGGCAGCGCAGGGAGCGGCGCCGGCAGCGAAAGCAAAAACCGUACGCUCUGCCGGCGGCGGCGGACUCCGACUCGGUGACGGCGUGAAACCGGCCCCAAACUGUACAUAAUUGAACGCGAUGCGCCGCCCGCCAGAGGGCAACGUCUAGCCCCGCCGGCACGCCGCCAAUAUGUCUCGCAUAAGGUUUCUCAAUGUAACAAUGCAGGAAUGUCGAGAUGAGUCGGUUGCAGAAUAAGUUUUUUUGCAGAUAAUACAGUUUGUUUAUAAAAUUAAAGUUGUCAAAACUUGACAUUUAAAUAAAUUUAAAAUGUAUUUUUUGCCACCAACUGUCAAGAGUGGCAUCAAAACAGUGGGAAAAUGUUGUUUAUGGCAAAAAACUUUUUAAAAUCAAAAUAUUCAUUAAAUACAGUCUCAUAAAAUCUUAAGUUACCCAACCUGUUACUUUUGACAUUUCUCAAUACAAACGUUAAAAUGUAUUGCUUAAUUAGUAUACGGAGUGUCCCAAAAUUAUCCCAAAGGGUAAAUGUUAAUUCCCCUUAAAAUUUUAAGGCGCAUUUUCUUUUACCAUUUUUCGAGUUCGAAAAACUGCAGGAGCAGAAAACU